AUGACCACCAUUCCCCAGGUGUACCGACGACCAGGUCAGACCAACGGCGGCGUGACUUUUCUGGAGAAGCUUGAUUUGAUACCUGCCAUCUUCUCGAUAGUUUGCACUCUCUUCAGGCAGUUGCUCAGCGGCCCAUUUCGUGGGGAACGUGGGACGAACUCUUACCGACACCAUGUCACCCAUGGUGUCGUCCGCAAAUUCAACAACCGCUUGACGACAUCACAGUGGCACUACAUCUCCAAGCCUUUUCGAACGCAUUAUCAGAGCUACUGCAAAGUAAAUUCUCUAACACCCCAGGUCACUAAACUGAAAAAUGGCACAGAGGCGUUCUGGAUAGGAUCACCCACGUCCAAAAGGGUAAUCGUCUAUUUUCAUGGCGGUGGGUUCUCCUUGGACGGUGGGCCAGAACAUUUAAAAUUCUGGGGAGACUUGGUGAGAAACCUCAACGCCGACAGCCCGCAAUCGGUGGCAAUUCUCUUCCUGGCAUACACGUUAGUCCCGUACGCCACCUAUCCAACCCAGAUCAGUGAAGCGGUGGAAGUUCUCAAGCACCUCUUUCAGGACAUGGGCCGAUCACCAUCCACGAUCUCACUAGGAGGCGACUCGGCAGGUGCCAACAUGUGCGUUGCUGUCCUCUCACAUCUUCUCCAUCCCUGCCCAGAACUACCGUCCCUGAGCGUCAAAGAGCCGCUCAAUUCUCUCAUACUCGUCGGUCCUUGGAUUAGUUUUCGAGUCGACUUUGAAUCUGGCAAAUACAAUGCCACCCGGGAUAUUAUUUCCAUAUCUAAUGGCCGUAAAUGGUCCACAGCAUACAUGAACGGAGCGCCUCCUACACCUUAUGCUGAGGCAUUCAACGCAGACCCAGGCUGGUGGAAGGGCGCUGAGACAAAAGUCAAACAUGUUCUAUGUGUUGCUGGCAGUGAUGAGCUACUGAUCGACGUUAUCAAACUAUGGGUAGAAAAAUACAAGUCUGAAACUCCAGAAGGUCAUCUCGAGUUGGUCGUCGGUCGCCACGAGGCUCACAUCGCUCCCAUCUUCGAGCCUUUGUUGGGUGACUCGUCGCCUACGCAGCAAGGGGAAGCCGUCAAAGCUUUUUUGAAGGCUAAAGUCUUGUAG